UGAACGCCUCUCGGAGCAGGACGGAGUGAUCGUGUCCGGGCGGAGCGGACAGCAGGAGAGGAGGAGGAGGAGGAGGAGGACUGCGUUCAACACUCGGAGUGGACACAAAGCGGUUCAUCUGUUAAACCAGCUGAGUCACAAUGGAGCCUCAUAGACUGAGCUACAUGCAGCAGCACAGUCCCAGAGGCAACCAGGACAACUUGUUUGGAGUCAGAGUCCAGGUCCAAGGGAUUAAAGGUCAGCCCUAUGUGGUUCUGAACAGUUCUGGCCAGGAGGGCCACCGGGACAUCUCCGUCAUCACUCACCAGUCAGGGUACAAUCCAGGCAUGGUGAGGAGGUCUGUGGAUGAUAGAUCCUCUCCAUCUGAGUCACUGAGGGCCGCAGCCUCCUCCGCGUUUCAUUAUCAUAAACACCCAGAGAUUCUAAGACCUUAUGACCCUGAAAGUAAUAACCUGAACCAAGUCAUUCCUUCACCAGCUUCAGUUGCUCAACCCAGGCAACUGAACACCGCACUCCUUCCUGAGACAACCCAGACUGCUAAUGCAAAUAAACCCAGGAUCCCUUUGCCUGCUGAGGGCCCAGAGGGAGAUCAGAGUGAUGUGGCUCCGACCAAGACACCUCCUUCAGGUCGACAGCUCCCGGCAAGGUCCCCAAACUCAGUAGAGACCGACUCCAUCUUAUCUGUAGGGCAGCUAAUAAGCCAGUUCAACAGCAGCCAGCGGAGGGGAAGGGGAGGCCCGAGGAACAGGAUGGACCCAGAGCAGUGUCGCAGGUCACGCAGCGUGGACAGCGGUCGAACUUCAGACUCCUCAUCCUCAUCCCCCUCCUCCAGCAGAGCCUCGUCUCUGAAGGGCAUCAGGGGCGAGACACCAGGUGGGAUAUAUCCUCCCGGGUCAGCAAGAGCUCGACUCCUCGGCGGAGAGGCUUCUUUGGUGAACAAGAGGGAGGAGAACAAGUCCAACAGACUGCUUAAAGGACAUAAUGGAAAAGAGUCGAUGUCUCCAUGUGCUGCAAAGCUGCUUCACAGAGUAGAGAAACCUUCUGUCGCCAGAUCAUGUAGUGAGCAGACUGAUGACUCUGAUGAAAGAGACAUGCAGGUCACUCCUGAUCUUCUGAAAGGACAGCAAGAACUCUCAGUAGACCCACCUGAAGAGGCAGCAAAACAAUUACUGUUCACUUACCUAAAGGAUGGGACGACUGAUGAUGACUCCACCACUCAGAGGAAAGUCACCCUGCUGCUUGAAACGGUCAACAAGGUCAAGUGGAAGACUGCCGAAAAUGGGGAGGAGGAGGAGAAAAUUUGUGCAGCUGAGGUGAAGCUCUUGCAGCAGAAGCAGGUAGCGCUGGAGAAAGAAUUGUCUGAGCUAAAUCAACAACUGGAAACCGAGAUGAAGAAUGAAAAGACUCUGGCCAAGGCUUGUGAAAAGGCCAGGACAGAGAAGAAGAAACUUCAGGAAGAGUUGGCUAAAAGUCAGGAAGAGCUCUUCAAACUCAGGGACAGACUGGCAGACAUUGAGGCAGAACUUCAGUCAACCAAACAGCAGUUGACUCAGAUGAAGGCAGAGAGAGAAAGAUCUAAGACAGAGAUGAAAGACCUUCAGCAGCAGCUCUCGGAGAUGCACGAUGAGCUGGACCAAGCCAAGAGGGCAGAGGUGAUAAAUACCGAGAAAGAAGUCCUUCUAAAGGAUAUGGCGCAGCUGCGUGCAGACUUUCAGGAGAUCCUACAGGUAAAGGAGGAGCAGGAGGAGGUGCUGCACCACAGGGAGAGGGAGCUCAGUGCCUUGAAGGGGGCGCUCAAAGAGGAGGUGGAGACUCAUGAUAACUACAUGGCUGCCCUGAAGGAAGAAUAUGAAAAUGAGCUUGAGAAGCUGCUCAGGGAUUUAGAUCUGGCCAAAGAGAGCAAUGCUCUACUGGGUCAAGAACAGGUCAAAGCAGAGGAAGAGAGAGGUGCAGCCAAGUUGCAGCUGAAGGAGCUGAACCAGGAGAGAGAUCAGCUGAGAGGAAAGGUGCAGGAGCAGAACAACAAGGUGGAUCAGCUGAAUCAGGCCAUCCAGGAGUGUCAAACCACACAGAGACUGUUGGAGCAGAGAGCAAAGCAGCUGGAGAGGGAAAAGCAGCAAGUUGAAGAAGCACUAAAAGACGUGAGGAGGAAUGAGGAGGAGAUGUGUCAGUCUAACCAGUCGCUGCUCACUCGCUUGGAGGACGUGCAGAGUAAGUUGACCAAGCUAAAUCAUGAGCACAGGGACCUGAAGGAGAAGCUCAAGGAGGAAAGGAAACAAACAGAGGAACUGUGGAAGACAAAAACUGCACUGGAGGAUGAGAGGAGGCUGCAGGACAGGACUGUGGAGCAACUGCAGAGGAAGAUGAAUAGCAUCAUGGAGGAGUGCGAGGCGUCUACAGAUGUACUUCAGGAUCAGGUCGACGAAGCCAGAGAGAAGAGUCAGAGGGAGUUGGACGAGCUGCGGAGACAGCUGCAGGAAAAGGGAGCAGAACUGGAGAAAUCUCGACAGGCAGCCAAAAAACUGCAGGAAGAGCUGCUUCCUCUGGAGGAGGAUCUGCGCCGGUGUCGAAGGGAGCAGCAGGAGGCCCAGCUGAGGGGCCGGCAGCUGGAGCAGAGGGUGGAGGAGCUGGAGGAGAGGAACGCAGCCAUGGUGGGGGAGAGAGAGCGGCAGGUCAAGCUCGUGGAGGGACGUAUCAGUCAACUAGAGGAAGAUCUCCAUGAUGAGCGCAGCGGUGCUGACCGAAUGAUGGAGCGAUUAGACAAGACCAAAGUGCAGAUGGAUCAGAUGAGGAAUGAGCUGAUGCAGGAGAGAGCGAUCAGGCAGGACCUGGAGUGUGACAAGAUGAGCCUGGAGAGACAGAAUAAAGACCUGAAGAGCAGAGUGACUCAUCUGGAAGGAUCACAGAGGACCAAUCAGGAUUCACUCGUCUCCAAACUUAACAGCCGCAUCCAGGAACUCGAGGAGAGGUUGCAAGAAGAAGAGAGAGACAACAAUAACCUGCAACAAGCGAACCGCAAGCUGGAGCGCAAGGUGAAGGAGAUGAAGAUGCAAGCGGAUGAGGAACACAUCAACCUGCAGAGCGAGAGAGAUCAGCUGACUCAGAGGCUGAAGAUUGCGAAGAGGCAGAUGGAUGAGGCGGAGGAGGAGAUCGAGCGUCUGGAACACGCUAAAAAGAAGCUGCAGAGAGAACUGGAUGAGCAGAUCGAGGCCAACGAGCAGCUUCACAGCCAACUGAAUGCACUGAGGAAUGAGAUGAGGCGCAAGAAGAAAUCACCUCCUCUCAUUAGGGUUGCGGAGGACAGUGUGAACGAUGUGGAAGACUUUGGAUCUGACUGACUGACUGGCUGACUGAGGUUUAAUAAAAAGAAAACACACUAUAACAGAACAGUCACUUCUGGAGACUUUAUUAAGGAAUAUUUGACUGUGAAGUAUCCUUGAUACCAUAACUCCAUUAACAUCUCAGGUGUGAUUUCAUUAUGUUUCCAGUUGUGAGGACUGUGGCACCUUGCCAAGGCUGACCUCUUGUGGCAACAUGUAAAACUACAAUAUCUGACAAACUGAUCCUUUACAAUGCAACAAACUGCCUUAUUUACCUGUACUCAGAUUGAUUAAUUUGUCAUGUAAGUUAUUCACUUGUGGUGUGAGUUAAUAUGGUGUAAACUGCAAACCUAAUGAAUAAAUGUAUUUAAAUACA